CUUCAUUUUUCUAUUCUCUAUUUCACUCUUCCUCCUUCUUCUCAUAUCGGAAGCACCCUCGCUUUUCAAAUUGAAUCUCUCCGAUUGCACUCGAAACCCUAAUUUCCAUGGAUACACUUCAAGCCACAUACAAAGACGAAGAAGAAGAUGAAGAAAUGAUUGAUCCUUCAACCGUCACAACAACAACCGGACCCUCCGUCGAACCACCCGCUGCCUCCACCGUGGUUGAAAUGGAAUUAAUAGAGGCGCCUCCUGUUACUACCACUACUCCCUCCAAUGACGGAAAAUCUGAACUCGAUCCCUCCGAUGAACCCUCCGACGACUCUGCCGAACAGAAGAAUUCACCGAAACAGAAAAGAGAACAACCUGAUGAAGAUGAAGAAGAACCGCUUCCGAAGAAGCAGAAGCAACUUUCCUCUCUGAACCCCGUUAAGGAAGAACCAAUUUCAUUGCCGGAGGUUAACAAUGCUGCUGCUGCUGUGCCAAUUCCGACUACAACAACACCGGUGAAUGGAACAGCGACGACGAAGAAAACUAAGAAAAAGAAUAACAAUGUAUGGGCAACGAAAUCGAAGAAAAAAUCGAAGAAAAACAAAAACAACAACAACACAAACACCAACAAUAACAACCACACGAACGGUGGAGAAGAUAGUGUUCUGAUAACACCAGUACAAAGGUUUCCUGAUAAAAGCGAUGAUACACCGGAGAUGAAGAUAUGUUUAUCGAAAGUUUACAAAGCGGAGAAAGUUGAGUUGAGUGAGGAUAGGUUAAGUGCUGGGAGCACAAAGGGGUAUAGAAUGGUUAGGGCAACAAGAGGGGUAGUGGAAGGAGCUUGGUAUUUUGAGAUAAAGGUAGUGAGGUUAGGGGAGAGUGGACAUACGCGGUUGGGUUGGACAAUGGAGAAGGGUGAUUUGCAGGCACCUGUUGGGUAUGAUGGGAAUAGUUUUGGAUAUAGGGAUAUUGAUGGGAGUAAGAUUCAUAAGGCUUUGAGGGAGAAUUAUGGGGAUGAGGGUUAUGGUGAAGGUGAUGUUAUUGGGUUUUAUAUUAAUUUGCCUGAUGGAGAUAAGUUUGCGCCGAAAAAUCAGAAUUUGGUUUGGUAUAAAGGACAACGGUAUGCUUAUAAUCCAGAUGCCAAGGAAGAUCCACCUGAAGUUGUGCCUGGAAGUGAGAUAUCUUUCUUCAAAAAUGGUGUAUGUCAAGGUGUAGCUUUCAAAGACCUCUUUGGUGGUCGUUACUAUCCUGCUGCUUCAAUGUAUACUCUUCCCCAUGAACAAAACUGCACAGUAAAGUUCAACUUUGGUCCGGACUUCGAAUUUUUUCCUCAUGAUUUCAAUGAACGGCCAAUUCCCAAGCCAAUGGUUGAAGUUCCUCAUCAUGGUUUUGAAAAUCAAGUUGAAAAUGGGGCAUUGACUGAGAAGAAAUCUAAUGGAGAGUUGAAUGAGAGUAAAUCAAAUGGAGAGUCGACUGUGAAGAAAUCAACAGGAGAGUCGACUGAGAAGAAAUCAAAUGGAGAGUCGACUGAGAAGAAAUCAAAUGGAGAGUCAUACGAGCAGAAAUCAAAUGGAGAGUCGAAGGAGAAGAAAUCAGAUGAAGAGGCAGAGAAGAAAUCAGAUGAAGAGGCAAAGGAGAAGAAAUCAGAUGAAGAGGCGAGGGAGAAGAAAUCAGAUGAAGAGUCAAACGAGAAGAAAUCAGAUGAAGAGGUGGAAGAGAAUAAAUCUUAAGUGUAAUAUGGGCUACAGUUUGUUGCCAAGUAUUUUUUUGCUGCACAGAUGGAUGGGUUCAUAUUCUGCUGUAAUUUUAGUUGAUAUUAAAUUAAAUUGAUUUACAAAUGACUAGGUUAGUGGUGUAAACUUAUGAAGUGGAGAAUUCUUAAUAUUAUUAAUUAAAUCCAGGGAAAUUCUUAUAAUUUUCAGAGGUAUACUCAGAUAUUUUGUAGUUUGUUUGGCAUUGUCCUUUUCCCCUUUUGGAUAUUUUUGCCAUAUCUAUUUUAAAGUCACAAAUGCAUGAAUCAUUUUUUGAUAA